UUCUAUACGAGUGUAUAAUAAAAAAUCAUGAGUGAAACGUCGAAAAAAGUACCAGCGAACAGUCAGAAUAACGAGAAUUAUCACUUGGGACAUCUUUUUAGAGACUGCAUGCUUAAGGAUCCAGAUGCUAUCUGUCAGAUAGACGCAGCAACAGGCGAAGAGGAAACCAGACGGUCGGUUCUCACUCGCGCCACGACCCUGGCCAAAUGUCUGCGGACCCUGGGCCUGAAGCCGGGCGACGUGCUCGCGCUGGGCGGGGACAACCAUCUGGACCUCCACAUGCCGUUCUACUCCGCCCUUAUGAACGGGUAUCCUAUCAGUGGUGUUGACCCCUUUUUCAAAUUUGACGAAAUCAAACAGCUGUUCAAGCAAAUUGAGCCAAAGAGCGCCUUUUGCCAGCAGUCUUCAUACCAGGACUACAGAAGAGCUGUGGAGGAGCUGGGCUUGGACACGAGGAUAGUCACGUUUGAUGGCAGCGGGAACACGAUGACCAAAUUGAUACAACAGUAUCAUGACAGCGACCAAUCUAUAGAUGAUUUUCAGGUAGCCGACUUCGACACGGAUAAAGUGUUUGCGUUUGUAGUGGCCACUAGUGGGUCCACUGGGUACCCGAAAGUUGCAGCCAUAAAGCAUCACCCCAUCAUCAAGGUCAUCAAAAUGUAUGAAGCGGUGCACACUUCAAAAACUUUAAAGCCUGCUCUGAAUUUGUCAGCCAUUCAGUGGGUGUCAGCCUACUUCAAUGCGAUUUGCAUGCCCGCACAGAACCAGAUCAAGGUCCAGACCUCGGCGCCUGCUACUGCAGAACAUGUUAUUGACAUUAUCAAUAAAUAUAGGCCAAUAGUGUUGAUGAGCACGCCCUCGAUCCUGCACCGCAUCCUGCAGUACGAGAAACCCUGUGACCUGACCUGCUUUGACACCAUCGUCCUCGGUGGAGCUUGUGUUCAGAAAGACCUCCUCGUCGAUCUAAAGGCAGCACUUCGACCAGAUGCGGUAGUGACAGAGGCAUACGGGCAGACAGAGUGCACGGGCCCCGUGCUGCGGCCGGCGCCCGAGGGUCCGCUUGGGAACUGCGGCGUCGAAACACCCCAUAAUAAAGUCAAGCUAGUAGAUCCGGUUACGGGAGAAACAAUAACGGAACCCAACGUUCCCGGAGAGCUCUGGACCAAAGGACCCCGGUUCACUGAGUAUUAUAAGAACCCGGAAGAGACAGCAAAGGCGAUAACGCCCGACGGCUGGUACAAGACGGGCGACCUACUGCGGAGAGACGAGAACGGAUUCUUCUUCUUCGUGGAGAGAUUGAAGAUGCUCGUCAAGUUCCGCUCUUACCAUGUCGUCCCUAUGGAAUUAGAAGAGGUGAUACAGAAACAUGAUGGCGUCCUGGAGGCGUGUGUGACCAGCUUGGAACACCCCGUGGACGGGGAGUGGCCGGUGGCGGUGGUCGUGAGGAAACCCGGGGCUACAGUCACUGCUCAGGAGAUUCAGGACCUGGUAGCAAGUAAACUGUCGGAGCACAAGCAACUGCGCGGCGGCGUGGUAUUCGUGGACGAGCUGCCGAUGACGUCCAACGGUAAGGUCGCCAAGGCCAAAGUGAAACAACUGGCCAGGGAGGCCCAACAGAUAUGAAUUUACUUAAAAGACGGUCUUCACAUUGGACGCGGUUUCGCACGCCGCUGCGGUGGGCAAGCUGGACAUCUCUAUAUUCUCUUAAUACAAAUAACCAGCUACCCUGGUAUUAGGGCAUUUCUAUUUAAAGUUGUACCCCCAACUUGCAUUUUAGAUUUUGGAAUUUUUAUGUUAUUUCCACUCAGAAUCCCUCCAGCUCUUUCGAUU